GCGCGGAGGCGGCGGCGGCGGGGGUGCGCGCGCGCGCGCGUCAGCGGCUUCACUUCUCUCCGGGCAGCGGGGGCAGGAGCGGCGGCGGUGGGAGAAGCAGCAGCAGCAGCGGCCGUCGCUGCUGCUCGGGAGAGACGGGAAAGGGGAGAGGAAGCCGAGAGCCAGGAGCGCGGGGGAGCGGGCUCAUGACUCAGUGAGUGGCUGCAGCCCCUUUCCAGCCCCGCGCCCGGCCGGAGUCGGGGCGACCGCGACGGAUUGUCCCGCAGCCUGUGCCCGGCACCAGCGAGAGAGAGACCUGCGCUCGCCUGCAGCAUCUGCCAUGUCUACAGAGGGGCAGAGAGUGGAUGAUAGUCCAAGCACUAGUGGAGGCAGCUCUGAUGGAGAUCAGCGUGAAGGUGUUCAGCAGGAACAAGAAAGGGAGCAAGUUCAACCCAAGAAAAAAGAGGGGAAAAUAUCAAGCAAAACAGCUGCUAAAUUGUCAACUAGCGCUAAAAGAAUUCAGAAAGAACUUGCAGAAAUUACAUUAGACCCUCCUCCGAACUGUAGUGCUGGACCCAAAGGAGACAACAUUUAUGAAUGGAGGUCAACUAUACUGGGGCCUCCAGGGUCUGUAUAUGAAGGUGGAGUUUUCUUCCUUGACAUAACCUUUUCACCGGACUAUCCCUUUAAACCACCCAAGGUAACGUUCCGGACAAGGAUCUACCACUGUAACAUUAACAGCCAAGGCGUCAUCUGCCUGGACAUUUUAAAAGACAACUGGAGUCCAGCGUUAACCAUUUCUAAAGUUCUCCUCUCCAUCUGCUCCCUCCUCACAGACUGUAACCCGGCUGACCCCCUGGUUGGAAGCAUUGCCACUCAGUACAUGACCAACAGAGCAGAGCACGACAGAAUGGCCAGACAGUGGACCAAGCGUUACGCCACAUAGGAACCUCCUCUAGGAUUUGCUGGACCUGUGCAAGCACAUUCACUAAGUGCAUCAAUAGCCCUUCCCUUCAUUCUUAUUUUUUAUUCAAUUUUGAACCAUUUUGUGACAAAAGGUUGUCCUUACUUCCUUUUUUGUUUCGUUUCGGUUGAUUUUUAUUUUUAUUUGUUCUGGGGUUUUUUUUUGUUCUGUUAACUUGAAAGUUGUUUCCCUCAAAUGUAGACAGGGAAUUUUGGUUAUCAGUGCAAAGAAUGUUGGAUCUGUAAUAGUAUAGAGCUUUAUCAGAAAGCUUUGUAUUAAUGUGUGGGGUUGGUUUGUUUUUUUUUUUUUUCUUUCAUGUGGUUUUGGGGAAAACAAACAAAUUCAGAAUUAUAUCUCGUUUCUACUUAAAUGUAGUGUUUAGGGUUAUUUUUUUGUACUGAAGUCUUUAAUGGUGGGUGCAUGCUACUGGGAACAAGUUUUGUAUAAAAGCUUAAAAUCAAGAAUCACUGUGCAUUACUAAGACUGUGUUUAUCACUAGCCUUCUGUUUCCCACACAAAAGGCUAUUGCAUUGAACAAAUUAAUAUGUAUUUUGAUUUACUUAAAAAACAAAAAAAAAAAGUGCUUGUAAAUUUCUUAGGGACCUGCCACUUUUGACUGUGGAUCAGUUGAUGUACACUUGUAUUAUUAAAGCACUCAAUAAAACACUGUGGCUGAUAAAUGCA